AUGUUCGCCCCUCUCUUUCUCGUUGCUUUGAACGCGCUGCAUGUCGCUGCGUACUCGCGGACGGCUGCUCUCUACGGCCAGAACUUCCUGAACGCGUUCACGUUCCAAAGCAUCGCAGAUCCCACGAACGGCAGAGGCAACUACGUUGACCUUGGUCAAGCCUGGAAUGACGGACUUAUCACCGUCAACGGAGGCUCGCUCACUCUCCGCGCUGAUUCUUGGACAAAGCUCGGCGCCAGUGGACCAGGCAGGAACACCUUCAGGCUCAUGUCUAACACCCAAUACAACAACCACGUUGCCGUAUUUGACAUCGGCCAUAUGCCCACGGGAUGUGGGACUUGGCCCGCCGUCUGGGAGGUCGGACAAGAUUGGCCAAAUAACGGCGAGAUCGAUAUCGUCGAAGGCGUCAACAGCCAGGAACCCAAUCAGUCAACGCUCCACACGAGUAAUGGCUGCACGAUGCCGGCGAGCCGUAAGAUGUCAGGAUACGCUACCGGCGGGCUCGACUGCAGCGUGUACGACACGGAUAACACAGGCUGCGGGACUAAGUAUACCAAGGCUAAUAGCUUCGGGCCUGAUUUCAAUAACGCUGGGGGAGGGUGGUACGCCAUCGUGAAGACGAGCACCGCGAUCUCGAUGUACUUCUGGGGGCGCAACGACGGCUCGGUGCCCAACGAGGUCAGGAAUCCGGGGCAGACAGUCAACCCCGCAUCGUGGGGAACGCCAUCGGCGUAUUACCCGAGCACGCAGUGCAACUUCAACACCCAUAUCGGCUCGCAGAACAUUAUAAUCAACUUGGCGUUCUGCGGCGAUUGGGCAGGCGCUGCUUCUGUCUACGGCGCCUCUGGAUGCCCGUCGACCUGUACUGACUAUGUGAACAGCAACCCUAGCGCGUUCAGCGAGGCCUACUUUGAGUUCAACGCACUUAACAUCUAUGAGUGAGCUGUCGGGCGCAGGAAGCUCGAUCAUUCGGUUCUUGGCGAUUAUUCGCUCAUUUUCGCUGUCCUUCUUUCGUAUUUGAUGUAUCAUCACUUGUCACGUUUGACAUUUCAUACAUUUGUAUCGCUAACGAUUCACCC